AUGGCCUUCCCGACAAACGUGCUGGGCAUCCUCAUCGCCGUCGUCAGCGGCUUCGCGCUCGUCCACUCGGCCGACUCUAUCCCGCGGCUGCUCAAGUACGAGGACAAGGCCAAGAAGGCGGCCGAGUGGAGCAGGACGGCCGAGAAGCAACUCUGGGAGAUCCGGUACACGGUUGGGACGGGCUUCGUCGGCUGCCUCCUCUCGGCCGUCAGCGGCAUCGCAUUCUCCCUCUUCGUCCCCCGCGGCCCGGGCGUCGUUGCCGUCGGCUGGCCCGCCCUGCUCGCCGCGGGCCUAACCUACGGGCACCGCUUUAUUCGCGGCUUCUGGGCGUCGAAGCCCAAGGUGCCAAUGAUGACGGACUUCAACGAGGCCAUCUCGGACACGACCAUGGUGCAGGACAUGAUGAACCCACUGGCCGGCGCUUGGGCCCUUGUGGCGGUCUGCAAGCUUGUCGGGCUGUAG